AUGUGUGGAGUUGAUUACAUCAAAUGGCUGACUGAGAAUUUCACAGCCGAGAGUUUUGUUGUUCAGAGCUCGAACAAGAGUGUUAUCAGUGAGAUUCUCUCUCUGAACAAAUUCUUUGAAAAUUACUUGUUUUUGACGUUUAAGACGUAUGCCAUAGUUCUCAGUGUUGACUCUCCAAAUUCAGAGGAGCGCACGUUGAAACAUUAUAAGGACAAGAUCAUCUUGACUUACGAGUCAUUACUUUCAGCAACGAAUUUGCCGGAGUAUGACCAGAAAUUGCGAGUUGCAAGAGUAUCCUUUGUAGAGGAGACUUUGAGUAUAUGCGACGAGAGUGUCAAGCAAGAAUUAACUCAGAAAGCUUUAGAAGAAGAUACAGUAAUAUAUCAAAUCACUAAAAAUGAUGGCAAUUGGCAGAUCCUAUUUGCGUGGAAGAACAUCGAUUUACACAACUUCUUAUAUCGAGUGGCGUUGGUGUUUGAUAAGAGAAACAUUCGAAUGGAUGGGUGCAGCUUUUGCAUUGAGAACAUCGCAACUACAAACACCAUUUUAAUUGGGAAAUUGAAAAUUAUAGGAAGUCAGUUGAACGACAACUACAAGUCGGAAGCACUCAUGAGGGAGUUCGCAAUGCUCAGAGAGUUCUACACAAAGGAUUUGAUCUUCCAGAAAUUGAUUGAGACGCGAUUCAUGUCGAUCUCGCGAUGCUCUUUGUUGCGAGCGUUUUCGGCAUUGGCAGAACAGUUUUUGGCGCAGAUUAAUGAAGAUUUGUACACAAACUAUUUCAUUCAAGAAGCUUUGACGUUCCACGCAAACAUUUCAAAGUUGAUCGUCGAUGCUUUUUACGCCAAAUUUAAGCCUGGAGCUGUCAACUUGGCUAUCUACGAGAAGUCCAUUAGUGAAAUUGAAGAGAUGAUUUCAAACAUCGACAGUGGUAAGCCAAAACACGACACACGACGUAAGACGGUGUUGGCGUGUAUUCUUAUUUUACUGAAGUCAGUCCUUAAAACGAACUUUUUCUGUCUUUCUAAGACGGCAACGGGCUUUCGACUGGAUCCAAACUUCUUAGUUGAACUCGACAAGAGUUUUCCAACAUUCAAAAGAGUCGAGAAGUUCCCUGAAAUUCCAUUUGGCAUCUUCUUUGUGUUCACAAGAAACUUCUUUGGGUUCCACGUGCGUUUCAGAGACUUAGCAAGAGGUGGGUUGCGAACAGUAAUAACUCGCGACGAAGAGCAAGAGUCCUAUGAGAAACCAAAGAUGUUUACUGAGUGUUACAACCUUGCCUAUACUCAACAAAAGAAGAACAAAGACAUUCCAGAGGGCGGGAGCAAAGGGAUCAUAUUCAUGCGACCGGACAAGAUCGACGAGAUGUGCGCCAUUCUCCGAAGUAAAUUUGAGUUUGAAGGAAAAGAGAACAUUGCAGAGAAGAUAGCUCAGUACCGCAAAAGUAUGAAAGUAGAAUACUUGUACUCCGUCCAAAGAAACUUCUUGAAGACGUUUUUGAGUCUAUUUGUUUCGGACGAGAAUGGAAAAUUGAGAGAUACUCAAAUCGUCGAUUACUACAACAUCCCAGAGUACAUCUACUUGGGACCAGACGAGAAUAUGCACGACAGUAUGAUCGAGUGGUUGUCCGAGUAUUCCAAGAAGGUCAAAUACUUUGCUCGUGGGGCGUUCAUUUCUGGUAAAGAGAAGACUGGGAUCAACCACAAAGAGUAUGGCGUCACUUCAUUGGGAGUUUUCGAGUAUUUAGAAGAAUGUCUGAACUUUUUGAAUAUCAAGAAGUACACAAUGAAAAUUAAAGGAGGGCCUAACGGAGACGUCGCGGGUAAUUUGAUCCAUUUAAUAUAUAACAAACACAAAGACCGCUGUACAAUCACUUCUAUCAGCUCGUCGGCGUGCGCCAUCAGCGACAGGAAAGGAAUUUCAAUUGACGAGUUGGAACGCCUCUUUGUCAACAAUUUAGCUCUUCAACAUUUCGACCCGAUGAAAAUGAAUGAAGGAGGGUACAUGGUAUUAAUCACCGAGAAGCGGGAAAGUGGUGCAUUCCGUGUUGAAAAUAAAGUUCUUCGUAAGACUGAGAGUACUGUUCAGACGGAAUGGGUUGAGUCGAACAAAGCGAUGAGGAUGUUUGAGACGAUGGUUCAUAAAGAUGUGACUGAUGUGUUCUGUCCAUGUGGUGGAAGACCGUUUUCACUCAAUGAAGACAACAUCGAUGACUUCUAUGUGAACAAUGUGCCAACUUCUAAGAUGGUCUUUGAAGGAGCGAAUUUAUAUUUCACUCCAAAAGCUCGAGAAGUGUUAGAAAAGAGUGGCGUGUUGAUAUUUAAAGAUUCGUCUGCGAACAAAUGUGGUGUUAUUUCGUCGUCGUAUGAGAUAUUAGCCGGACUUGCUCUUGAGGAGAAUGAGUUCGUCGAGAUCAAAAAGGAAUAUGCAAAGGCAAUAGUCGAGAGAUUGAAGGAAGUCGCGCGCGACGAGGCGAAGUGUAUGAUCGACGCAUACAAAAAUGGUGAGAAGAGUUUAGUGAAGAUCUCUGAAAUGGUGAGUCAGAAGAUCAAUACAUACACCGAUGGUAUCAAUAAGUUCUUACAAAACGUCGACUUGAGAGAAGAGAAGAACAAACAGAUAUUAGACGUCUAUAUCAGAUACUUACCAACUGUUCUCAGAGAAAAGUACUUACAAAAGUGUAUUGAAAGAGUCCCACAAAUGCAUAUGAAAGCUAUCAUCGCUACUUCUUUGGCUACAGGGGUCGUUUAUUCUAAAGGGCUUGUAUGGGACGUUUCAAUUGUUGACAUCCUUCCUUUCUUGUUGAGCAAAUGA